AUGUUCUCGACGACGACCGGCUCCCGGGAGUCUAGCGGGCCGUCUCUGGUCGGCGGCAGUAGGAUGGGCGUCCGGGCCCUCACCCACGCCGAGGGCUUACAACCACGCAAGUUGCCCGAGGACCUGCCCUCCAUCUCUUUCUACGGAUCCCUCGUCCACCCGCAGACACCGCCUGAGUCUGCUUCUGGCAGCCCUCGGUUAAAGAUCGAGGGCAACUCCUCACCCGUCGAUGGCCGACUGUACGAAACUCGGCGCUUGUCGUACGCCGGUCCCUACUCGAGCCGUUCUCGGGAUUGCUCCCCGCUUCCCAGCAUCUCUCGCCUCAACCCUUACAGCCAUACUCUUGUCAGGCUUCCAAGCCUAGACGAGUUUGACCAAGGAGUUGAGGCUCUGGCCCGGUCUCAUGGCCCGCCGCGCCCUCACACUCCACCUUCGCCUCUCCCCAGCCUGACGCGAGGCGGGGUCCUUCCUCCGCCACACAUGGCUCAUGGAUACAUAUCCCACGACGGCUAUCCUGUCGGUCAUGGCAACGAUCCUUUCGCCCAUGGGCAGACGGCCCUGGACAGUUAUCCCAGCCCCCCUCCGGAGGAGAACCGACAUAUCAACCAAAAGUACACCACUGAGGAAGGCGACUUCAUCAUCUAUGCCUGGCACGACAAGAAGCUCAAGUGGCAACGCAUCAAGCAAGAUUUUGCGGCCAUGUUUGGGAGAGUCCCUGAGCGGACUGUCCAGGGCCUGCAAGCUUGGUAUUACCGCAUGAACCAGAGAAUCCCGCUUUGGGACCAGGAUGGCUGGCUCAUGUUCGACAACGAAGAUGACUUGGAGCCCAAGUACAUCAGCAUCAAGUGCAGGGAGAGGGACAGCCAGGACAAGCCCAUGGAACCUUUGGGUCUGGCUCAACGAUAUCCUGAGCGGGCCAUCCACUACUCAUGGGUCGACCCUGAGCUGAAGCGCAAGUCGCAAGACUGGGCCUCGAAACGAGCAAUGCAAUACCGUGAGCGCCGUGAGCGCAGAAAAAGAAAAGAGCAGCGACGACUCAAGCUUUAG